AUGGAAGCACUGAGAGCUUCAUACGGCGACGCACCAUCUGAUUCGGACUCUAAUUCAUCUUCUCCAACAACCAAACCAAUCCCUGUUUACAACCCACAACCAGACCCCGUAGCUUUGCCACCUCCGCCUAUCUCACUUCUCACUCCUACCAAUUCUCUCGGUGUAUCGGAUUCCUUGCAAAAGGGUCAGUCCAGUCGAGUUAGAAGCUUCCCUCAUGUUAAAGGGAACUAUGCUUUGCACGUCUACAUUCCAGUUAAUAUACCGCCUGUGUCGAAAAAGGAAGUGGUUCAGUUCUUGAAGAGGAUAUCAUCACUUGUGCCCGGUCUUCAUGCUGUUGAUGCUGAUAUUCCUCUUGAUAUUUUAUGUAAAGAUGAUCAGAAGUUUGAGCAAGUUGCAUUAGGUAGGGAAUUCCAUAUUAGCUUAGGGAGAACCGUGCCGAUUCGAGUUCACCAGAUUGAUUCAGUCGUUGUUAUGCUUCGGCAGAAGCUUCAAUUUCCAAAAAGAUAUUGGAUCGACUUUAGUAAGUGGGAAGUUUUCGUAAAUGAUGAGAAGACACGCACCUUUCUUUCACUAGAAGUUUUGAGGGGAGGAUUAGCUGAGAUUACGAAGCAAAUUGAAUCUGUUAAUGAGGUGUAUAAGCUCCACAAUCUUCCUGAAUUUUAUAAGGAUCCACGCCCUCAUAUAUCGUUGGCUUGGGCAAUGGGAGAUGUUAGCAACAUCUUAAAGAGAGAAGUUGAAAACAAAAUGAAGAGGUCAAGCAUCGGGGGUUCAAUGCUGAAACGUGUAUUUGCUUGUAAAUUUGGCGGAAUUGAUUGCAAGAUCGUUGUAUCUUCUGUUAAUCAGUUUCGUGCAUAUCAAGAAUCUGAUCUUGUAUUGUUUGUGUAA